AUGUGGCAGGUGUCGAGAGUGAACUGGCAGCGCCUGGAGUCGUGGCGGUAUGCGUCGAACAUCAACAAGUCGGCGAACAUGAAGCGGAUGCUUCCUGGUUUCCUGAUUGGCACGGGCAUGUUUGUGGUUGCCGUUGGUCUGGAGGCCAUUGCCAACAGCAAGAAGAAGAGCUCCCACUGA